GCGACCAGUACAGCCCCGCUCCCGGACAGAGGACAGUGAAAGAUGGCGUCUCUGAAAAGCCUCCUGCGCUCGGGGAAGAAUGUCGUUUCAGUGGUUUUGCGGAGGGAGUUUCACAGGACGCGGCCGGCGGCGGUGCAGGUAACAGUCAGAGAUGCCCUCAACCAGGCCAUGGAUGAAGAGCUGGAGAGAGAUGAACGGGUGUUCUUGCUCGGAGAGGAAGUCGCACAGUAUGAUGGUGCAUAUAAGGUUAGCAGAGGACUUUGGAAAAAGUAUGGAGACAAACGCAUAAUUGACACACCCAUUACAGAGAUGGGCUUUGCUGGUAUUGCUGUUGGUGCAGCUAUGGCCGGUUUGAGGCCCAUCUGUGAGUUUAUGACCUUCAACUUCUCCAUGCAAGCCAUCGAUCAGGUCAUCAACUCUGCCGCAAAGACCUACUACAUGUCUGCCGGCUAUCAACCCGUUCCCAUUGUGUUCCGCGGGCCUAACGGCGCCUCUGCUGGUGUGGCAGCUCAGCAUUCUCAGUGCUUCGCCGCCUGGUACGGCCAUUGUCCUGGACUGAAGGUGGUCAGUCCCUGGAGCGCCGAGGACGCUAAGGGCCUUCUGAAAUCGUCCAUCCGCGAUGACAACCCUGUGGUGUUUUUGGAGAACGAGUUGAUGUACGGUGUCCCGUUCGAGAUGUCGGAGGAGGCUCAAUCAAAAGAUUUUCUCAUACCCAUCGGAAAGGCAAAGAUUGAAAGACCAGGAAAUCACAUCACACUGGUGUCUCAUUCCCGAAUGGUCAGUCUGUGUCUCGAUGCUGCUGCUGUUUUGGCCAAGGAAGGUAUCGAAUGUGAGGUCAUCAACAUGCGCACAAUUCGCCCGCUCGACACGGAAACCAUUGAAACGAGCAUAAUGAAAACAAACCAUCUCGUCACUGUAGAGGGCGGCUGGCCUCAGUUUGGCGUGGGGGCGGAGAUUCUUGCCAAAAUUAUGGAGGGUCCUGCGUUCAAUUACCUGGAUGCCCCUGCGGUCCGAGUCACUGGUGUAGAUAUUCCAAUGCCAUACGCCAAGAUUCUGGAGGACAACAGCAUACCGCAAAUCAAGGACAUCAUCUUCUCCGUCAAAAAGACUUUGAACGUUUAACAUAUUAUCCAUUUCAGCAGCUCUAUCAGGACUCUAUUUAACAUUCCACAUUUAGGACCUUUUCUGCAUCUAAAACCAGAGACCAGCAAAAUGUCUUUCGUCUUAUGUGUCUUUCUGUUACAUGGGUCUUACCUCUUCCUUCAUUGCCGGUAUCACAGUCCUUGUGUUCUAAUUUUGACUAGAAAGGGGUUGUCAUGACAACAUGUGUUGUGGUUAUAAACAACAAACCAUGUGUAUUAUGAUGCUGUAAAUUAUUCUGUAAUCAAAAAUAAACUUUUACCACUGUGGUUU